UAAACGAUUUGUUUUGAUAUCGAUAUCGACGAAUCUAGCUAGCUUCGAAGUCAACACUUGUCUUUGGUCUAAAAUACUAAGAAAUGGCAGAAGCACAGAGUACAACUGGAGCUGGAGAUGAAACAGCUGAUCCUGGAACACAGAAUGACCAGAUUAGUAAACAAACGAAGGAAGGGGAUGUGGUCAAAAAGAAAUCAGAUAAGGUUGAUAUUCUACUCAAGGCGACAGGCAGUGCACCGAUCAUGAAGAAGAAGAAAUGGGCUGUUGACGCCAACAAGAAGGUUGCAUGGGUCAUUGACUUUAUCCAUAAAUACCUGAAAUGUGAUCCUUCACAGUCAUUAUUCUUGUAUGUGAAUCAAGCUUUUGCACCAGCACCAGACCAAGAAAUAAGAAAUCUCUUUGAGUGUUAUGGUAGCGAUGGCAGGCUUAUACUCCACUACUGCACCAGUGAGGCAUGGGGUUGAUACUCUCCACACACAACGCAGACUGAGAUAUUGCAAUGAUACAUAAAAUAACUAUUCAAUACUGCAUUUACUGUCAACUCGGAAGCUUUCACUUGCAUGAAAUGUUCGCAAAUUUUGCGAAUGGUUCAGACUUGUGAAAUUUUCAUGCCACAUAACCAUUAAAUCCCACUGAUACAUCACUGUAUUGUUUUAUUGUGCGAUUAAUUUUUUUGCUUUGAAAAUGGCCAUUGUUAAAGAAUCUUGAAAAAUAGCAUGUUGCACAAGUUUCUGACUUUACAGUAAAUGGAUGAAUUUGUUAUCAUUUCAACUAUUUGAGAAUAUGUAUUGUUUGAAUUUGGGCCUACGUCUUGGUGGACAGGUGAGUGCCAUAUGUGGUAUUGUAGCAUCAAGAUAAAAUGGUAUGUAAUGUUGACAGCAACAUUGCUGGUAUAACAUUCACUAGACACAUGGCACGUCCAGAAAAGUAGACUUUUAACUUGUGCUGAUCUUUCUCUGUCUCUUUGUCUCUUCUCUGUUUUUAAGGUUUGUACAAGAGGAGAAGUUCUCCUGUUAUAUUGAUAUUCGAUUGGACCAAAUAAUUUGUAUUUAAUGGAUCAUUUCUCAUUGGUAUUGCAAUGCCAUCACUAUGUUCUGACAUCCUUUUGUUGUAACAUGGGCAACAACAGGCUAAACUGUGUUACAAAUCAGUCCAUAUAAAAUGCCUCAUAUAUUGAGCUUAAAUACAGUGUUGAACUAAGGGAUAUCAGAACAUCAUCUUGAACAUUAAAGGUAAAUCCUGGUUAUGGAACACAACAUAGACCUUUAUUUUUGUCAACUGCUUGUUUGAUUAUGCUUCAUGCGUGCUGAUAUUAUAAUGCAGACAUGGGAUGUAAACACGUUUGCAGAUUGCAAAUGAGAUAAGCUAUAAAGAUAUUGGCCGUUUUUUAUAAACGUGUACCAACUUGAGUCUAGGUUCAAGCGGGUAGAUUUAGUCCUCCGAUGUAAAGUUCCUUAUUCCUGUAAAAGCUACCAUAGUUUUGUAACUAAAUGGACAAGCUCAAAUCGUUUCAUGGAAAUGAUGCAAACAACUUCUCAUUCCAUGACUGGAUUUAUUUUGUCAAUAUAUUUUGUUACAGAAUUAGGCCUUAAAAAAAGAUGUUGUAUUGCCCUUUAGAUGCCAAAAAAUGGUUCGGUCGGUCAAAAAUCCUUCUUUUUUUUUACUCCCUCUUUUGGCUGAUAUUUCUCAGGUUUUUUUCUUCUAUAAAAACGGUUAAAAAAAAACCACCGUAGAUUUCAAGUUUUGGGGGUUGGUCAUGAAGGGCAAUACAACAUCUUUUUUUUUAGGCCUUGCAGUGACUUGUUCAGAAUAAAUAUUUUGACACUUGGCAGAUUAAAGACAUUGUGAACAGUAUUGUAUAAUUCAUGAUUAUGAAUUUUUCACCCACUAGAUGCUGAAUGAUUCAUGUCUCUUAUUUCAAACUUCAGUAUAUUUUAUCCCUCUUUUUCUUGAAUGUAUAAUUGUACACUUGGGCCUCGUCUUAUAAGAGCUGUUUGCGAUUGAUAUGAAUCACAACUACAUCAUAAGGGAUAGGGGACUGCAAACUUGCGAUUGAUUUGGAUCAAUCGCAACUCUUUAUAAGACAAGUCUGGAUUUGGUGAGAGCCAGAAGGGUGUUGUCUCUUUGUAAAGUGCUAUGAGUCAAUGUCCUUCUUGCUCUUGACAGAAGAUAUGAAAUUAACCAGUCGUAAAUCUAUCUGCUAGUGCUACUGAUUUUUGGACACCUUUUUGGUGGAUGUUUAGGUUUCUAAAAUGUAGCAUGUAGUAUGUUUAUUUUCAUAUUUUCCCUAUUGUUAAAUCAUGUAAUAUUUUACAGCCAUGUGCUCUUGUACCAUAGCAACUCACUUCUAUAUGUAAAGCAACAUUUAAGUGAUAAUUCAAAUUUGACUUGAUAACGAUUUAUCAUUCGAUCAUGGACACCUUUUUUGUUAUAUUUCUUUGCUUCAUUUUGUGGAAGCAUUUAUGUAUAUUUGAAAUGAUAAUAAAGCACUUAUUGUAAA